CCGCGUGCAGGAGUAUAGGGGCGUGGACUACAUUACCCAGAGUGCGCCGCGCGCGCGAGCGGUGUACAAGCUGGCUGCGUGCUCUCGGGGAGUGUUUCUCAUUUAAACAAACAGGGCUGGAAGAUGGCGGAGAGAGGAGUGUAGAGAGAGAGAGUGAUAGAGGGAGAGAGAGAGAGUGAUAGAGCGAUAGAGGACUGUACAGACUGGGGGCUGCAGGUCGUGUGAGUGUGUGAGUGUGUGUUCUGCUGUGGAGGAAUCGGACCACCUUUUCUCCUCUCCGACACAAGGAUGUGAAGCUGAAUGAAGAAGGAGCUCUUUGAUUAAACACUGCUGAAGAGGUGCUGAUAUGUGUAGAAGAUGAGUGGAGUGGGGGAGAACUCCAUGGAGCCGCUGUGUUCCGACCGAAAACGCAAGCUGUCCACCUGCGACACGCCGGGGCUCGGGUGUGACAAGCGGCGACGAGAGCAGGAGAGCAAGUAUAUCGAAGAGCUAGCCGAGCUCAUCUCCGCUAACCUCAGCGACAUCGACAGCUUCAACGUCAAACCCGACAAGUGCGCCAUCCUGAAGGAGACGGUGCGGCAGAUUCGCCAGAUUAAAGAGCAAGGUAAAGCCUCGUCCAUUGAUGACGAUGUCCAAAAAGCUGACGUGUCCUCCACUGGUCAGGGGGUCAUCGAUAAGGAUCAUCUGGGGCCACUUCUACUACAGGCCCUGGACGGCUUCCUGUUUGUGGUGAACCGGGAGGGCAGCAUCGUGUUUGUGUCGGAUAACGUCACUCAGUACCUGCAGUACAAACAGGAGGAGCUCAUCAACACCAGCGUCUACAACAUCCUCCACGAGGAGGACCGCGAGGAGUUCCACAAGAACCUGCCCAGGAACAGCGUAAAUGGCAUGUCGUGGGGGGGCGAGGCUCCUCGGCAGAAGAGCCACACCUUUAACUGCCGGAUGCUGGUGAAGUUCGGUCAUGGCCCCGGCCCUGGCGAGGAGGCCCCCGGGGGCCCGCGCUACGAGACCAUGCAGUGCUUCGCCCUGACGCAGCCCAAAGCCAUGAUGGAGGAGGGAGAAGAUCUACAGUCGUGUAUGAUCUGUGUGGCGCGGCGAGUGACGGCUGUGGAGAGAACUGAGAGCUUCAACACCAGACACGAGCUCUCAGGUAAGCUGAUCCAGAUAGACCAGAAUUCCCUGCGUGCCUCCAUGCGUCCGGGCUGGGAGGACCUGCUGAGACGCUGUAUUCAGAUGUUCCUGCAGCACAGUGACGGACAGCCCUGGUCCCAUAAACGCCACUACCAUGAGGCCUUUCUGCAGGGUCAUGCCGAGACCCCCAUCUACAGAUUUUCCUUGGCGGAUGGCACCCCGGUCUCGGCACAGACCAAGAGCAAACUCUACCGCCACCCGAUGAGCAACGAGCCCCAGGGCUUCAUAUCUACUCACCUGCUGCAGAGAGAGCCCAACGGAUGUCGCCCUAACCAGGGGGGUGGCAUGAUGCAGGGGGGCAUGAGGCAGCAGGCAAUGGGGGGUGGCAACCCUAAUGCUCAAAUGAACAUGGGCCCUGGUGGGGGUAUGGGUAUGGGUGGCAUGGGAGGGAUGGGCAUGAACCGGGGCUACGGAAUGAACGACAUGGGCCACAUGGGAGGCGGACCCAUGUAUGGGGGCAAUGGAGGCAACAUGGGUAACAUGGGUAACAUGGGUAACCGAAUGAUGCAGAUAAACCAGAUGAAUCAAAUGAAUCAGAUGAAUCAGAUGAAUCCAAUGAGCCAAAUGAAUCAGAUGAAUCAAAUGAACCAGAUGGGUCAGAUGAAUGCGAUGAAUCAUUCGGGUCCUGGGAUGCAGCAGCAGCACCACCAGCAGCCCCCCUUCCAGGCCAGAGGGGGCUACGGGCUCGGGGGCAUGAACAGCCCGUCUCAAGGCAGCCCCGGUAUGAACGGACCUCAGCAGGGUCUUCUCAUGUCCCCUCGGAACCGGGGCAGUCCAAAGAUGGCGUCCAACCAGUUCUCCCCAGGAGGCAUGCAUUCCCCAAUGGGUCCUGGCAGUGUGGGAACAGGAGGAGGAGGAGGUGGCACCUCCUUCUCCAGCAGCUCCCUCAACGCCCUCCAGGCCAUCAGCGAAGGUGUGGGCACCUCCCUUCCCUCUCAUCCCUCCACCCUCACCUCCCUGUCCCCCGCCCACAAACCUGACAGCUCCCCCAGCGUCCACUCCUCCUCCUCCUCCCAGCCCAGCGGCCCCUGCAAGCCAGGGCACGGCGACUCCAAGAGCCCCGCUGGAGCUUUCGGAAUGGGGGCUGGAGAUCAGCAGCACCACCACCAUCACCACCACAGCCACGCCCACCAGGCUGAGAGCAGCAGCGGCGAGCGACCGGACAGCCAGGCGGGUCCAGGGGGCAAAGAGUCCGGUGAGGGAGGCAAUGAAGCUGCCAAUGCUUCAGCAGAAACUCAGCGGAGGGUCCCUGACAGCAAGGGGCACAAAAAACUGCUCCAGCUCCUCACCUCCCCCACAGAGGAGCUUGGGUUAGGGGUAGGAAGUGGACCUCCAGGACCUUCUGGACCCUCCGGACCUCCUUCAGCAUCACAAAGUGGUCCGAAUGCCUCGUUGGGCAUGGACGGGAAAGAGCCAAGCUGCGUCACAAGUCCAUCCUCGACUGGUGUCUCCUCGUCCACCAAUCAAAGCCAAGCUCACGGAGCAGGGGGAGGAGCAGCCGGAGCUCUAGGCUCCGCCCCCCACUACACAGCAUCCCUGCAAGAGAAGCACAAAAUCCUACACAAGUUGCUCCAGAAUGGAAACACUCCAGAUGAAGUGGCCAAGAUCACCGCAGAAGCCACGGGGAAGGUGACGCUGGGUCAGGAAGGGGGCGGAGCUGGCGGAGGCGAGGCAGGUGGUGCCAACGCAGGUGCAGGAGGAGCUACAGGUGGGUCUGGCGGAAGCUCUGGAGCUUCCGACCCCAAGCAGGAGCAGCACAGCCCCAAGGAGAAGAAGACCCACGCCCUGCUGCACUACCUCCUCAACAAGGACGACUCCAAAGAGCCCGCCGACAUCAAGCCAAAGCCUGAGGAGCUGGAGGGCAAAGGGGCAGCCGGGGGUAACGGUGGCACCCCGCUCAGCAGCAUGGAGGGCAAGAUCAAGCCUGAGCCUCCUGAUGAGCUGGACACAAUCCUGGGAGGCCUGAGAGGUUCUGGAGGAGAUUUCCCAGAGCAGGGAGACGUCGGCGGUGCUUCAGAUGGAGGAAACAAGCUUCAUUCAUUCCCUGAUGAUGGAUCGGGGAGUCCUGGGAUGAGCUUGGGGUGUCGGGCGCAGUUACAGAAGGCCAUGUCGCUGGACUCUAAGCUGUCCGCUGGAGGAGGGCUGGCCAGCCGCCGCGGCGCCCCCUGCCCCAUGCCCAUCAAACAGGAGAGCCUGGACGGCCCGCGCAUGAUGGCAGGGUCUGAAUCCUACCACAGCAGCAUGGGAAUGAUGAACAGAGGGAUGGGGGUUCCGGAGCGGUCUCCGAUGGGAGGACCCGGAGACUGGGGGAUGCCCCGAUCGAGUGCCAGUCCUGUGGGCACCGGUGGUCACCCGUCCAUGAUUCGGCCUGGCAUGGACUCCUAUAACUCCAAGGGCAUGAUGGGAGGACCCAUGGUCAACCGGUCCAACAGCGUCCCUGGGACCAGGUCCAUGCUGCAGCAGCAGCUGAUGGAAAUGGGAUCUAGUGAUGUGAAUAUGGGAAUGGGUCCUUUCGGGCAGCAGCAGUGUCCGGACAGCCAGUCUCCCUCCUGGCCUGAUAAUGUGAUGGGGAUGGACAACAGCAGGCGACAGUUCGGUAAUGCUCUGGAUGAGCUGCUGGUUCCUCCCUCUACCUCUGAAGGUCAGAGUGACGAGAGAGCGCUGCUCGACCAGCUGGACUCUCUGCUCAACAACACCGACGUUAUGGCCCUGGAGGAGAUCGACCGAGCCCUGGGCAUCCCUGACCUCAUCAGCCAGGGUACGGGUGGAGAUCUGCAGCCGGAGCCGUUCCCCGGGCAGGACCCCUCGAUGGUGAUGGAGCAGAAGCCCAUGUACUCUCAGGGUUACCCGGGACCCCCCUCCAUGCCCAUGCCUUCGGGCUACGGAGGAAACCCCAUGCAGGGCCAGCCGCCGCCCGGGGGCUACAACCCAAUGCUCAACCAGAUGGGACAGCAGGGGGGCUUCCCCGGGAUGGGGGGCAUGGGUCCGAUGGGGGGCAUGGGGCACCCUCGCCCCGGCAUGAUGCGGCCCAGGAUGAUGAGCGCCACCAAACCCACCAGACUACAGCUGCAGCAGAGACUACAAGGGCAACAGUUUUUGAGCCAGGCUCGGCAGGGGAUGGGGAUGAAGAUGGAGAAUCCUGGAGGAGGAAACCCCGGCAUGCGGCCUGGAAUGCAGCCCGGAAUGGGAGGACAGCCUGGUUUCCUGAACGCUCAGAUGAUGGCUCAGAGGAGCAGGGAGAUGGUGACCAUGCAGAUGAGGAGACAGCGGAUGAUGAUGAUGAUGCAGCAGCAACAAGCAGCAGCCGGAGGCUUCAGCCCUCCGCCCAACGUCACCGCCCCCGCGGGCAUGGACGGGGGCAUGGGUGGGCCUGGCCAGCAGCAGUUCGGAUACGGAAGCUACGGGAUGGGUCAGCAGGGAGACCCCUCGUUUGCCCCAGCUGGAGGAAGUCCCCCUAAUGCCAUGAUGCCCGGCCGCCUGGGACCCCCACAAAACCCCAUGAUGCAGCAGCACCCUCAGGGGGGGCCCAUGUACCAGACCCCCGAUAUGAAGGGAUGGCCACAAGGAGGAAUGGGCCGCAACAGCUCGUACCCGCAGCAGCCGUUUGCACAGCAGGGCUCCGGUCAGUACGGACCGAUGAUGAUGAAUGGAGGAAUGGGCACAGGAGGAGGAGGAAACCCCGCUCACAUGGGUCAGAUGAACAUGGGCAUGAUGGGUAGGAUGCCGAUGGGCCCAGAACAGAAAUAUAUCUGAGGAGGACGAGCCGCCGCUUCUGAGGAAUAAGGACACUGUGAAGCUUCAGAGAGAGAGACUCACACACACACACACACACACACACACAUAUACACUGCUGUGUAGCUCCUCUCACUUCAAGGGAAAUGGCCAGAUUACACUCGCACACACGCACACACACACACACACACUUAAAACAGACAGGGGGUGGACAAAAUAAUUGAAACACCAAAUAAAAACCAGAUUUGAUCCGGUUAGUUUAGUCCGUUUUCACACUGCAGUUUAGUGACUGAGCGUGCUAAAGUCCUCCACUCUGAUUGGUUUAUAGGAUGCUCUCAGCCUGGAUAUUUGGCUUUAUAGGUGUUGUGCCGAAUUCUGCCUCCCUAAAAGAGCCUGAAUCUCUUUGAGUGCAGGUUUGUACCACAGCAGAAUAAGUGUAACAGAUUCCCCUCCGAUUCUCUUUAUUUCUGUUUAUAAAUAAGGAUUAAUCUACAGUUACAGUAGAUACAGAAUCACCUGCUCCAUAAUCUGUUGUACCCAUACUACUGCAGGACGCACCUGCACAGUAUUGAGAUAUUAUGAUAUUGAGAUGCUAAGAUAUUGAGAUAUUACGAUAUUAAAGUACUGAGAUAUCGAGAUAUUACCAUAU